CAAGGUUCCACUUGUAAGAAUCAGAAACAGAAAACUUACUGUUCGCUAAACACACAACCACAACCACGCACACACAUAAAUAAAUACACACACACACACAAUUGGGACACACACACUGGAAACGAUGUUGCACAUCUAGCUUUCAUUACAAGUUAGUAUUUGUGUGUGAGUGGGGGGGGGAGGGGGGCGGGGUUAAGGAAGAUAGGGGACCUGAUUGGUUGGACAGUAAGAUUGAUACCUCCCCUUUCCUCUGAGGUGAAUGUCAGUCGGUUCUGCCUUCAGAGAGAGAAGCACGACCCCAGAUAAACCAAGAGACCACUACCUACCAGCUACGGCUAACUAGUGACCAGCUGGAGACUAGCUACACCAAGAGACCACUACCUACCAGCUACUGCUAACUAAUGACCAGCAGGAGACUAGCUACACCAAGUUAGAGACCAGCUACUGCUAACUAGUGACCAGCUGGCGACCAGCUACACCAAGCUACCAGCAGCUAUCCGAGGCCCAGCUGAAGACCAGACCAGCUGAAGACCAGACCAGCUGAAGACCAUCUAAGGCCCAGCUGAAGACCAGACCAGCUGAAGACCAGACCAUCUGAGGACCAUCUGAAGACCAGACCAUCUGAGGACCAUCUGAAGACCAGCUGAAGACCAUCUGAAGACCAUCUGAGGACCAUCUGAGGACCAUCUGAGGACCAGCUGAAGACCAGGUGAGGACCAGCUGAGGACCAGACUAGCUGAGGACCAUCUGAGGACCAGUAGAGGACCAGUAGAGGACCAGGUGAGCGGUCAUGACGGCGUCGUGCCAGACGUGUAAGACCCUGCUGCUGGCCCUGCUGGUGGUGUGGGGCGUGGCCUCCAUGGUGAUCAUCGCGGUGUGGGCGUCGCAGCCCGAGGCCACGCCCCCCGCGCCCUGCGACCAGCGGCUGCAGGAGGUGACGGAGAAGCUGGAGGGGGCCAAGGUGGUGUGGGGGAAGAACAAAGUGGCGCUGGAGGAGAUGGUGGAGAAGCUGAGGGUGAACCAGACCCGGCAACAGGACCGCGUCCGGACCCUGGAGACCGGCCUGGCACUCAGCGGGAGGAGCCUGGAGGCCUGCCGCCACGGACAGGCGCUGCUUCAUGGAAACAUGUCGUCUCUGCAGCAGCAGCUGGAGCAGCAGGAGCUGCUCUACACGAACCUCUCGGCCCUCGUCGGCCGGCAGCUCGAGGAGAUGGAGGCCCUGCAGCAGAACGUGACCGAGGCCGCCCACAUCACCGCCUCGUGCCUCAGCCUCAACGCGGCGGCCGAGAGCCAAUCAGAGGCUGCCCGCAGCCAGACCAGCGCCUGCAUCUCCAGCAAGACCUACCUGGAGAGGAGGCUGUCUAGGUGUAAGGAGGAGGAGCUUCGUUCAUCUGAGCAGACAGCAGAAAGCUCCUCCCCCUCCUCCUCCCCCUCCUCCUCCCCCCCCCUCCUCCUCACCUCCUGCUGUCUGGGUGCUCAGCCUCUCAGCCUGCUGGGUUCUGCACCUCCUCUCCUGCUCCUCCUUUCCCGCCAUGUAGAGGAAGAUGGGAUCGGGCUCAAGGGGUUCUGGGAGAAGGACCACCAGAAACCUAAAGCAGGACCAGAAACAGUACCAGAAACAGACCAGGACCAGGACCAGAACCAGAAACAGAACCAGACCAGAAACAGUACCAGAAACAGACCAGAAACUGACCAGAAACAGACCAGGACCAGGACCAGAAACAGAACCAGACCAGAAACAGAACCAGACCAGAAACAGUACCAGAAACAGACCAGGACCAGGACCAGAAACAGAACCAGACCAGAAACAGAACCAGACCAGAAACAGUACCAGAAACAGACCAGGACCAGGACCAGAAACAGACCAGGACCAGAACCAGAAACAGACCAGAAACAGACCAGGACCAGAAACAGAACCAGACCAGAAACAGACCAGGACCAGGACCAGAACCAGAAACAGACCAGAAACAGACCAGGACCAGGACCAGAAACAGACCAGAAACAGACCAGGACCAGGACCAGAAACAGAACCAGACCAGAAACAGUACCAGAAACAGACCAGGACCAGAAACAGACCAGGACCAGAACCAGAAACAGACCAGAAACAGACCAGGACCAGAAACAGAACCAGACCAGAAACAGUACCAGAAACAGACCAGGACCAGGACCAGAAACAGACCAGGACCAGGACCAGAAACAGAACCAGAACCAGACCAGAAACAGACCAGGACCAGAAACAGACCAGGACCAGAAACAGACCAGGACCAGAACCAGAAACAGACCAGGGCCAGAAACAGAACCAGACCAGAAACAGUACCAGAAACAGACCAGGACCAGGACCAGAAACAGACCAGGACCAGGACCAGAAACAGAACCAGACCAGAAACAGACCAGGACCAGAAACAGACCAGGACCAGAAACAGAACCUGACCAGAAACAGACCAGAAACAGACCAGGACCAGAAACAGACCAGAAACAGACCAGAAACAGACCAGAAACAGACCAGGACCAGAAACAGAAACAGACCAGGACCAGGACCAGGACCAGAAACAGAAACAGAAACAGUACCAGAAACAGACCAGGACCAGGACCAGAAACAGACCAGGACCAGAAACAGACCAGGACCAGAAACAGAAACAGACCAGGACCAGAAACAGACCAGGACCAGAAACAGUACCAGAAACAGACCAGGACCAGGACCAGAAACAGACCAGGACCAGACCAGACCAGGGACAAGUCCAGGACCUGGACCAGGAUGAGGACCAGGACCAGCCCGAUGUGGCCAACAGACUGCUGAACAUCUCUUUGGACCAGACAAUAGAUCAUAUUUAAUAAUACAGUCAUAUUUUAUCUUACUAUAAUAUUUUAUAAUAUAGUAAUAUUUCAUAAUAUAGUCAUAUUUGAUAUUAUAGUAGGAUUUUAUAUAACUACAAUAUUUAAUAUGUAGUAAUAUUUUAUGUUACUAUGUAAAGGUCAUAUGUUUUUGGGAUUUUGAAGUUUUACUUCUGCUUUUUGCUUUUGUUCAAUUUGCCAUUCACUCUAGUCCUCAUCCAACCCCUCACCUCCUCCUCCUCCUCCUCCCCUCCCACAUCCUCCACCU